AUGAACACUUGGAGAGCUUGCUUUGGAACGGUUGGAGUCCUGCUGGUUUUGUCCUGUCGGAUCUCUGCGCAAGACGAUUUGUUUUCGGUGGGAACAUUGAGAGCAGCAACAGCGGCCACUGAUGAGUUCACAUCUCCCCCGGCAUGUGCCGAGGGACAGUUGGCGGUCUGUGUAGGCUGCAAGAAGAUCAAGAUUUGCACAGCAGCUGCGAGUGACGCGGAUAAUCCGAAGCAGCUCUGCCCGACCGACAUGCCGUACUGUAACAGCGAUGAGGGUGGAGUUUGUUCUGUCAAUCCGGACUCCAAGGCGGAAUGUGUAGCUGCUGUUCCAGUAUUCAACUGCACCGCAACGGGAAUGUUUCCGGAUCCUUACUCCUGUACCGGGUACUACUUCUGUGAAUCCAUCGGUGCACCGGGUGAUGCCUACAAGUGUGACCCGGGGUACAACUACAACAGCAAGGUUCAACUGUGUCAGCGUGGCUUCACCGGGUGUCAAGUGGCCAACUGCACGGGCGUCACCGCAAUCUUCACGACGUACUUUGGAAAUCCGCAGUACUUUUACUACUGCAAGGCCAAUCCGGAUGAUGCUACGGCACCGAAACAGCCCGUGAUGUUCUCGUGCGGUAGUGGAGCCACGCUGAACGCGAAGCUGGGCAAGUGCAUCUACAAUUGUCCUCGUGAGGGACUGUUCAAGAAAGAUGGCAGUCCGUCAUCGUACUACCAGUGCGCCUACACCGCCGGUGUUCUUGUGUCCCAGGAGAAAAAAUGUCCGACCGCGGGACAGGUGUUUGACGAUACGAAGAAGACUUGCGUGAAAGGACCGGCGACCACGACUACGCCAGCGCCAGCGGCUUCGCUCAGAAAGCUUUCCUACAGCUUUUGGUAA